CAAAUGACAAGGCUGGUAAAAUGGCGUUUUGUUGUUGAAGCUGGUUGAAGCAGAGAUGAGUAGGGCGUGAAGUCAAGUCCAUGUUAUUGACUCGCACACCGUGAGCUGCUGUGAAUUGCGAUCAUACGACAGCAUUUCUAGAUGACCGGUUAAACAAACAAUUUCUAUACAAUGAUGGAUUAUUUUGUGACUAAUAACUCGUUGGCACCAGCACCCAUGGGCAUACAAAGUACCGCGGGUGCAGUGCCCGUUAAAAAUGACAAAGGCGAAUUGUCGAUGAAAAAGGUUAAGGUCCAUCGUUAUGUGUCCGGUAAACGUCCCGAUUAUGCGCCUAUGGCGAGUUCGGAUGAAGAGUCCGAGGAUGAAGAUUUCAUGGAAAAGCGAACACUCAAACCUCUCGAGGAAUCAGAGACUGUAACUGAUAUCCCUGUUCCGUCACACGGUAAACUGAGGGACGAGGAUGAUCCUAGGCUGAGGCGUUUAACUAGAAUCGAGAAGCACAAGGAGGUCGAUACAGAAAUUCGUGUUGAAAGGCAUCGACACAUUCACGAACCUGAGGUAUUGGAGACUGAGCCUGAGCGAACGCGCGAAAGGAUAAAAUUGGAGAGCUCAGAUUCCUCGGAGGAUGAAGAUUUGUCCGAUUCUGAAAUUGAAAGACGUCGAGACGCGUUGAAACAGCGAGUUUUAUCUAAGAAAGAAGCUGACCAGGAAAUGUUUCAUGAAGAAGAUGAGGAGAAGCUCCGAACCAACAGCUCCGAAGAUAGCUCAGAAUAUGAAGAAUACACCGAUUCUGAGGAAGAAACUGGACCGAGAUUGAAACCUGUUUUCGUCCGGAAAAAGGAUAGGAUCACUGUUAUGGAAAAAGAGAAGGAAGCUAUGAAACAAAAGCAGGCCGAAAUAGAAGCCAAGAAAAUGGCAGAGGAAAGAAAAAGGCAGACAUUGAGGAUGGUAGAAGACGCUAUACGAAAAGAAACCCAAACUGGCAAGACUAUAGUAGAUCAGGAAGGAAACAUAAACGAUGUUUGCACCGACGAUGAGAACGACGAAGUGGAAUAUGAGGCAUGGAAACUACGCGAGUUGAAGAGAAUAAAACGAGACAGAGAGGAACGAGAACAAUUGGAAAAGGAACGGUUGGAGAUAGAGCGACUUCGCAAUAUGACAGAAGAAGAGCGUCGUCAGGAACUGCGUCUAAACCCAAAAUUGGUAACGAACAAAGCAGCGAAAGGAAAGUACAAGUUUUUGCAGAAGUACUACCAUCGCGGUGCAUUCUAUUUGGACAAAGACGAUACAAUUUUCAAACGAGAUUUCUCUGGUGCAACGUUGGAAGAUCAUUUCGACAAAACUAUAUUGCCGAAAGUAAUGCAAGUGAAAAACUUUGGGCGUAGCGGUAGAACCAAGUACACACAUUUGGUAGAUCAAGACACAACGCAGUUUGAUUCACCAUGGAUUUCUGAGACCGCUCAAAACUUAAAAUUCCACAAUAACCAAGCUGCUGGAAUGAAACAAGUUUUCGAUAAACCAUCGCUAAAAAAACGAGGCAAUGAAAAUUGAUAUGGUGCAGGAUGAAUUGUGUCUUUACAAUGUUGGGAAAUGAGACUAGGACCAUUUACAAAUGUUUAGUUUCACUUUACCUGUUGCGGACAAUUCCGUUUGGGUCUUUGAAAUUGAGGAACCCACUACGGGAAGGAAGAAAUUACUUAUUCCUAACUCGGGUUAUUUUUGUAUAACUGAUAUCAAUUUUACUCUUUAAUUCAUUCAAUACAAAAAUUUGACAAUAAUAUAUUUCUGGAUCACAUUUAAAGCCCCAGUCAUUCAUCAUAAUUCUGGGUGAAAGAUAAGUGUGGUAAAAAGGCGUUGAAUAAAUUUAUAGGCAUUUUCAUUUUGAAGUAAAAAUUACCCACAAAAUAACUUUCACCUCGAAAAUUAUGAGCCAAUGAAAUUGUGAUUUCAAAUCAUCGGUCACUAACAACUAGUCUGCAUGUGUACAUACAAAAGCCGAUCGUUACUCUGGAUAUAGACGUAAUUCAAUACUGGAAUGCCUACAAUGUAAUCGUAGGAAAUAAAUAUCUGUGUUAGGCUAAUAGAAUGAAUAGAUAACUAACCAACUUCAUUAAUAUCUUGAAGAUGUAUGAUUUUUACAGUUUAAAUUUUUUUAAGUUACUUCAACUGUACAGUUGAAAACAAUAAAAAAAAUUAUUUUGUUCCACA